GUUUAUACCACAAUGUAAACGCCACAGCCCUGAUCGCCUAAAUCUAGCUACAGUACAGUGCGGACAUAAAACCAUACCAUGUUUUUCGGCAAGAUGACUAGUUUCCUGACUUUAUGUGUGACGUCACUUUUAGCUGUACAUGCCACAGACCAUUCCUCUCCUAUUCUUGACACUCCAUCUGGACCAAUCAAAGGCGUGGUCGUCCCAGCCCUGGGACAUGAUGUCAUACAAUUCCGGAACAUUCCUUAUGCAAAACCUCCCAUAGGUGAGUUAAGGUUUAGGAAACCAGUGCCGAUUGAACCGUGGACAGAAACCCUGGACGGUACAGCAUUUGGACCGUCAUGUAUACAGUACAAAGAACUUUUAGAGGGCGUGUGGGAGGGACUUGAGAACCAGGAACUGUCAGAAGACUGUCUACAACUGAACGUGUACGUACCUCGUGCCAUAUCUACAUCUGAGAAAAAAGCUGUGAUGGUUAUGAUUCAUGGUGGGUCGUUUUUGAUCGGGCAGGCCGCAGCUGAUGAUCCUUCCUUUCUUGCACUUAAGGAUGUCAUUGUCGUCAGUAUCAACUAUCGUCUGGGCAUAUUUGGUUUUCUUAGUACAGGAGACGAUGUCAUUCGGGGCAAUUUUGCCAUCUGGGAUAUGAUAGAAUCUUUAAAGUGGGUCAACCGAAACAUUGCUGCUUUUGGCGGGGAUCCGGAGAGAGUGACCGUAUUUGGUGAGUCUGCUGGAGGCUUUGCCGCUUCUACGCUGGCCGUCAUUCCUAUGAACAAAGGUCUCUUCCAUCGCAUCAUUGCUCAGAGUGGAUCUGUGACCAGUCUCAUGGCUUUUUCCAGAGACCCAUUAAGAGUAGCAAAGGCGGUGGCUCAAGAACUUGAAUGUAUUCCAGACCCUAAUGCCACCAUUGACAACAAGGUGCUAACAGACUGCUUCCAAACGAAAACAACAGAAGAACUUUUGGAGGUACAGAUGAACAAGACUAUGAACGUUGAGUAUUUUGGAUAUUUCUCAUUACAGUCGGUACUUUGGCCGGUAGUGGAUGCAGAAUUGUUUUUCGAGAAGCCAGUUGUAAGCCUUAAGGAUCCCAAUUCAGAGGUGUCGAUUUUCUACAGGUCCUUAGAUGUGAUAGCUGGAACUACUAGUAACGAAGGAUCGCUUACAGUGUACAUGUUUCAUGAACAUCAGGAAAAGAUGAACUUUGAUAUAAAACAGGGGUUGCCGACGCCCGUACUUUGUGAGGUCUUAGGACCAGCCGUGGCCAGAGAUAUGUAUGGAGAUGAGUCCCUAUCGGACGCUAUUUGUAAGGAGUACAGCUCAGAGGACCAACUGCAACAAAGUAAGAACAUUAAUUAUCUCUACGAGGAUUCGUGUUUUGUUGCUCCGGCAUUGCAACUCGUUGAAUUCCAUGCUCAGGAAAGAACGUCUUCAAAUACCUACCAUUACGUGUACAGCCAGGAACUCAAUUUUACCUUUAUGUUCCCACUUCCAGCCUGGAUGGAUGGGAUGGGUGCUGGGCACGCAAUGGAACUGCCUUAUUUGUUUGGUCCAGCUAGUCAAAAUGACAAAUCUCUAGCCACGGAGGAAGGCAGAGCAUUCACAGAUGUUUUAGUGUUGUACUGGACAAACUUUGCUAAAACAGGGAAUCCGAAUGGUGGAAGUUUGGUGCCGUGGAAGCCCUUCAGCACUACGUCCAGGGACUACAUGGAACUCAAGUUCAAGCCAGCCCAGGGCCAGAACCUUUAUGAGAGAAGGAUGAACUUUCUUUUACAUGACAUUCCUAGUAUGCAUCGACGCGAUGCAUAAACCGAACUUUGAUACCAACCAAUCAACGCAAUGUGAAACCCAAACUUUGAUACUAUCCCAUCAUCGCAAUGUGAAACCCAAACUUUGAUACUAUCCCAUCAUCGCAAUGUGAAAACCAAACUUUGAUACUAUCCCAAUUGACGCAAUGUGAAAACCAAACGUUUAUACCAUUGCACUCUGUCAGAACCAACUAUACAUCUUGAAUCUUUGUUUUCAAUUUUGAAUCUCAGGUAUGUUCACCUGAUCAAUUGACAAUCAUUUCCUACUAGUGUCAAAUGAUAGAAAGAAAUCUAUAAGUUACUUGUUCACGCAGUACAGCUGUGCUUCAAAUAAUAAAAAUGAAUAUUCCGACAAAUCCCUGAACUAUAUACAUGUAAUGAGAAAUAUAUUUAAUAUCUUUUUUAUUGGAAACAAUGAAUAAAUCUAUAGAUGUGCAUUGAUGAGUACAGCAUUUAGUAUCGUAUAUAUGUGGACAGUGUAUUGGUAGAACAAAAUGAGUGCUUUGAUUCUUAAAACAAAAUAUAUACAUCAAUGGGUGUCACUUUACUUUUCGUUUGUGAGAAUGUAUGGCAUAAAUGUGAUGUCCGUAUAAAAACUUGAGACAUAUAAAAAUGAAAAUAAUUUUUUUUUUUUAAUAUCUGAGCGUGAA